UACAAAAUAUCAAUGAAAUUUCAACUUCAUUUCUUACUGAAAUUUUUCUUUUCCUAAACACAUAUAUCUAACUAAAAAAUGGAAUAUCAGUCAUGGCUAUAGUUGGUUAUAUGUACUAACACCUGUUCACAAAUAAUCGUCCUUGGAACAUCGAAAAACGGAAUAAUUUGCGUUUGUUAUAAGGAAGAGGUCACAAAGCUCGAUAUAGCCCACGAUGACCGCCGAAUCAAUAGUAGAAAACGCAGAGCCUUCAAAGGAUGAAAAGCAGAUGGCAAAGAAGAAGCCGGGAUUUCCAAAACGUUACGUCAUAACGUUGAUGUUGUUUCUAGGAUUGGCUACACAAUAUGCACUUAGAGUUAACAUCAACAUCGCCAUUACUGCAAUGUGUAAUAACAUAACUGUCAAACAAAAUGGAUUUACCAUAACAAAGCCAGCAGAGUUUCACUGGAGUUCAAAACUGCAAGGAACCAUUCUGGGAUCUUUCUUCUAUGGGUAUAUCGUACUGCAAAUACCAGGAGGGUAUCUGGCAUACAGAUUUGGCGGAACGAAGGUUUUUGGUUUGUCCUUAUUCGCUGGAUCCCUGAUGACUCUGCUCACGCCAUUGGUUGCGCGAUUUUCCGUCGUCGCUCUUAUUAUCCUCCGUGUUCUAGAAGGAGUUUUCCUGGGCGUUCUUUUUCCUUGCAACCACGAUAUCUUAAGAAAGUGGGCACCAGCAUCUGAGAAGGCAAGGCUAUUUGCAAUCACUGUCGCAGGUUGUCCGGUUGGUACUAUCAUCACCAUGCCUUUGUCCGGGCUCCUGACAAAAUACGGACCCCAAGGUUGGGCUUCAACGUUCUAUUGUUUUGGGGCUGUUGGACUGUGCUGGUCUUUUGUCUGGAUGCUGAUUGUUCAUCCAACUCCCGAUGAGCAUCCGACCAUAUCCGACGAGGAGCGAGAAUAUAUUAUGAAAGAAACUGGCUCAAACCAAAGCAUGAAUGAGAAGGUUCCAUGGUGUUCCAUCAUAACCUCUGCUCCAGUCUGGGCGGUUAUCAUUGCAAAUUUCUCCGUCGACUGGGGAUUGUACACAAUCCUAAUUUGCAUUCCCAAAUACUUUGUCGAGGUUCUGAAGUUUGACAUUGCCAAGACUGGUUUCGUCGCCUCUUUGCCUUACGUAGUGAAGGCUUUCGUUGGUCCAACAGGAGGACUUAUCGUAGAUUUGAUGAUCAAAAACGGAAUGAGCGUCCGAAAUGCGAGGAGAUUGAUCUUCACUAUUGGUUGUACCGUCGCAGCCGUCUUCGUUCUUGCUGUUGGUUACGCCCCAAAUCCCGUCAUGGGGAUCGCGUUUCUCUGCAUUGGUGUGGGCAUAACCGGGGUGAACGCAACAGGUUACGCUGUAAAUCUGCUGGACAUUGCGCCAAGGUUCGCCGGCGUCAUUAUGGGAAUUACGAAUGUCUUCGGUUCGUUACCAGGCUUCCUUAGCCCACAAAUCGUUGGCAUAAUUACUGUGAAUAAGACCGCGGCUGAAUGGCGUACCGUAUUCUGGAUAACAUUCAUCGUGUAUUUGGCUGGUGUAGUUUUCUUCGGAGCUCUAGUAUCAGGGGAGAAACAGGAGUGGGCAAUGUCUCCGGAAGAGCUGAAAGCACAUAAAGAGAAAGAAAAGGGGAAAGAUGACAAAGAGCCGAAAACUGACGAGGACAAGGAAGAAAAAGAGAAUAAGGAGGAAACACCAAAUGGUGUGGCAGGGAACAAGGAAGGAUCGGACGAGGCAGAAGGUGUGAAAGGUGGAUCAGAGGACACAUCGGGUGAUAAAGGGGGAACAAGACGGUGGUGAGAGUAAGGAGGAAUCAGAUGACACUAAACCCGGUGAAGAGAAAAAUGACGAUGGUGAAACAAAGGAAGAACAACAGGAUGAAAGCACGAAAGGAGGAGAAAAUGAUGAUGGCUCUGACGCAAAAGAAUAACUAUGACUCGAGGACAAAAUAUGAAAGAAAUUAUACCAGCUUACCAGCUCAUGAAUAUAGAAAUCAUUGUCUUGUGUUAAAUUAAAUAAUUCCAU